ACUAUUGGAAGCGAGCGCUCAUGGCAGCUAAUGACUAUCGCGGUUACCUGCGGAACCAUACGGCCAUGGAGAACGGCGAGGCGCGGCUUCAUGCGGCUCACAGCACUCACAGACCACUCAUCUUCGGCACGCUGGCUGUUAUGGGGCUGCUGCAGGUCGCCUCCAGUGUCACCAUCCUGCUGCACCUCACCGGCUAUCUGCACGAGGUGAACCUGUCUUCAACUGAGCCUGUUAAGGAGGCUCAAUCUGAACAUAUAAUGGCUGAUGCGCUGAGAGACAUAAGGAAAAAGGACAAACCCAGAAAAAAAGACUCAAUUCCAGUAGCUCACCUUUCUGUCAAGACUCCCAUUGACUUCUCAAAAACUGAUCCUAAUGCUGUGACCACAGUCUACUGGGAUGAACUCCGAGGCACUCUGAAUAAGAUCAGAUACCAUGAUGGGCGGCUCUUAAUGGAGGAACAAGGAUUGUAUUACGUAUACGCCAAGACUUGUUUUCGCUAUGCCCCUGAACAUGCCACGAAGAAACAGGACGUUAGCAAUGUCCAGUUGUUCCAGUAUAUUUACCAUGAGAUCCACACCCAGUCGAAGAUGAGACCUGUUCUCCUUUCAAAAAGUGGCGGGACAUUACAGUGGGGUAAACCAAAGUUACAACAUGUACUUGCGUGCAAACAGGGAAGAAGUGCUCGGUUGAAAGCAAGUGAUGGCAUUUUUGUCAAUGUAUCCAAUUCACGGCUGUUGGAUCCAGAACCGGAGGGGACUUAUUUCGGUGCUUUUAAAAUGAGCAACUGACAUCUGUUUCUUUUUGCUACUGAACUUGUUUAUGCACAUUUUACAACCUUAUGAACAUUUUCAAAAUGACCAAGAACCACUGAGCACUUAUUUUAGAUCACUGACUUUUGACUUUUAUUUUUGUUCAACAUUGAGUAUAUUGUACAUCAUUUAAGGGCACAUCUGACUUCACUUGUAAGCAAACAGUUAAGUGUGGCAUCAAAGUUUUGAAUUAUUAAUCUUAGCUGCCACUGCAGGUCUUAAGAAGGCAUUGCUGUUUUUAGUGUGGACUUCAACAUCUUUCCAGUUAAAAUAUCACAACCUCGUAUUCAAUUGAACAUUUUGAAGUUGCAGAUUUUAGCAAGGAAGUUCAAGCUUUUGGCUGUUGUUUACAUUUGGCCAAUGUUUGUUAGUGGCAGACUAUAAUAAGUUAAAAAAGCUCUAAAGCUGCCCCUUUGUAUUUAUGUAGCAUCUACGGGAAUGCACUUAUGGACAUCUGUCACCUAAGAUUUUAUAGUGAUAGUUCAAAGCCCAAGAGAUUGCUGCGGGUGGCAGGUCAGGUGUUGGUACAGGAACAACAGAGGACUCUUAAACAACAGCGCUACAUGCUCGCAUUUUCCAAAGCUGAGGAACCCCUGCACUGUGGAGUAGUGCUCUUUGCCUUCUCUAACAAACCCGAUUCAGCUCCUUGGUUAAUAAUUGACCUUUCAGCUGAGUCAGGUGUGUUAAGCAGCCAGAAAGCCCAAUUUUAUGGAGUGUGUUACGGGGUCUGCAGGACUGGGGUCGAUAAUCAUUUUUCAAAAACUUACAAAUAAUAUAGAAUUUUAAACUUGUUAGUAGACUCAAAGCUUGUCACAGAGAGAGAACUUAGCACUGACGGGGGUUUUAGUAUAAACAAGAUCUAAAGAAAAACAGCUGUUGGGUAUCUGCAGCAGUCUAUCGCACACAGUAGUAGUAAUUUGAAUAAGAUUUAUGCAAAAUGACUUUGAACAAGACAUUCACACAAAGGUAAAUACAAUCAAGAUAGCUGGACUGUCUUUUUAUCAUUGUGAGACCUGAAAUGAUUGACAGAGGAAUACAUUGAACCAAACUGAGUUUGGUACACUCUAAUUUAACAGUUCUUUUUCAUUUUACUCCUUUUGGAGAAAAUGAGAAAAUGCACUAAACAUAUUUAUUUAUUUUUUAUGAUGAAAGAGAUGGACCAUUUGUGAAAUGCUCUGUCUUAUUGUAAAAUUAUGUACAGUGUGUUUGUCUGCCUGUGUUCCCUGCUUUCCAGAGAUUUUGGGUGACAGGACUGUAGCUCAGUUGUAUAAGUGCUUUAUGUCAAAGGGAAGCACAGACCUUCUUCUUAAAGCUUAUUUUGAGUGGUUUCUCAUUAAAGAAACUUUGUAUUUAUGUAUUAUUUCUUUGACAAUUCUGUGCAAAAUUCAAUUCAAAGCAGAAUUUAUUGUUCAACAUACCGUUUUAAAUGUCAAACCUGAAUUUUAAGAAUUUUUUCAUAUCUCAGCAAAUGUUUUGUUUACUUGUAUGUUUUAUUUAUAUCAUUUUAACUAAUAAAAAUACUUUUCUAAA